AUGCAGCCAAUAGAAACACUCCCCACGGAGAACGAGAGAUGGCUUCCCAACCCAACGACCCUCGGCUCCCAUCGGCGGCGCGGCCGUACAAGCCGCAGGUCGUCGCUCCGCAGGACGCCCCCAUCGAUUACUCCGGCUUCGUCGCCGUUAUUUGUGGCGUCUUUGGUGCGAUGUUCCGGUGCACAAUCGCUUGCUAAUAUGAGGAACAUGGAGAACGAUCUGAAGCAGAUCUCAAUGGCCAUGAUGUUUGGAAUCAUGGGAUUGGUGACAAAUUACAUGGGGUUGGGGCCUCGGCCGAGCCCCAAAACUUAG